CACGCUUGUUUUCAAGUAUUUACUCAGGCUGGUUUAUAUAUAAGUUAUUCCGAUGAGUGGAAUUUGCAGUUGCCUCGUCCAUUGAAUCACUUCUGUCAUAAUCUUCUUUGUGGCUGUAUUCAAUUCCUUUAGUCACUGUGAUUCAAAGGUUGUAAAUAAGUGUGUAGCUUCGAAGAACUGACUCGAAAGGUAAGUGAAGUUUCUACACUUCCUUUGGAUCUCGUCAAGUUGUUUUUCAAACAUGCUAAUGAAGGGACUUGUGGGUUGAAAUGCGCACGAAAACUUGUAUUUAACAUGAUUUUCAGUAAAUGGAAAAAUACAAUACAAGUGCUUUAAAUUAUAAGCUUAUCUAUUAACUAUUAUGCGUUUUAAACCUGCGUUCCUGCGUAGAAUUCUUUGAUAAUAUCAUAUAGCGUUAAGCUUAUUUUAAUUUUCCUCUGCAAUGUCUUUUGUUCCGCUGUACCAAUUCUUAUUAUAAUAAUACCUUUGUAAGAUAUUUGCCAGCAAGAAUAUUUUCUCUAAAGCGGUCGAUUUAGCAAAUACAAACGCCUGCAUAUCUACCUAAGUAACUGAAUGUUCGAUCGCCCGAUUAAUUCGACUAAAAAUACUUCGCUCACACCGUGGUACUUACAUAUAAACUUAUAUAUAUUUUAUCAUUAAUUUCACUUUUUUGAGAGAAUUGUUAGGUUGUGAGCAUUGCAUCGAUCGAAGAGUCAUUUUGGGGCUGUCAGAUUUAACUUUAAACAACAAACGGUUUAUAAUUGUCUUUAUAGUUGAAGGGCACAAGUCCAUGUCACGAAUCUUCCAUGCAUCAACUUGCCCUGAAAGUCUGCGCUUUGUGACAAUCAUCAGAAAAAUAUAUUUCUAAACGACAUUUCAUCUGCUCUUAAGGGAUUUUGAGGAGGGUUGCAUGUUUGUUUUUCUGACCUGCUUUCGAAACCUAUUGCCAUAACGUGAAAUUCAAUAUGACAACAAUGCAAUAAUAAUAAUUUCAGGGUGUGUUCGUCUGUGCUAUCUUGGUACGAGCAAUCAAUCAAUUACAUUAUAUGGACAUAAAUUACAAGGUUAAUCGCGCACAAGUAGGGGAUGGUGGGUUGAGUUAUGGUCAUAAAAACAGCUGUUUUCAAUGUAAAUUUUUUGGUGAAAAUUUAAAGUGGCUAGAAAAUGUUAAAAUACUUACAAUUAUCUGCCAAUUUGCCAAUUGUUCACAUUCAAGAGCUGUAUUGGUUAUUAAGGAUUUAAUAACUAUUGAUCAUUUUUCCUUUGGCUGUUGUUUAUGUGACCAUUGAUUUCUUACUGCAGAACAAUUUGCUCAAAUUUAUUUUGUUUGUUUUAGCAGUUUUGAAAUAACUUGUGUUCGAAUACAGUGAAAUAAGUUUCUAAAGGUUUAGUGGUAAUUAACUGCUCUUAGAGAACUAGAUUUUGCACAGUGUUGGUCUUCUCAGUUUAACUUGUAUGACAAUGAGCAAUGAUUAUUCUCAGAGUUUUCGUUAGACUUGUGUUCUAUUAGUUUCUUUAAAAGCAGACAUUCUUAAAUAUUCAACUUUGACCCUCUUUGGAUUCAAAUCUUUGUUUCAUUUGAAUGUGUAUUGGAGUUUAGCCAGUAUUGUGAUAAUUAAAAGAGUGAAAUGAUAAUAAACAAAUCAGAUUGCCCUUAGGGCAAGCUAUUACCAAGGUUUACUUGCCUGGAGCUGCGGGAAGCUUGCCUAAAAUUAAGUCUAUCAUAAAUUUUAAUCAAGUGUCUGAGUGUAUUGGUAAAGGUAACAACAUGAUUGUGAGUGCAAUUUUGUGUUAAUAAGCACAAGUAAAUUUUUCAAAGACAGCAAAAUUGCAUAAGCAGAGAGAGGAAAAGGGAUUCUGGCUCAUUUUGAAAACAACCUAGAAUUUCAAGUCAACUCAUGAAUUUUAACCUUGAUUUCAAGUCAUCCUUGAAAUCAACUUUGAUUUCAAACAACAGUUUUUGUGCAUUUUCAAAUCAAGGUUGAUUUAAAGGCAACUUGAAUUUUUCACAGGUAAAUAAUAUUGACAAUGUCUCGCUUAUGAAUUUUGAUGAAGUUGUGAAUAUUAUCACCUUGAACAAUUCUCUUGUCUUGCCAUCAGGGUGUUGAUUGUCUGUGUGAAGAUUUCAUGCCUUUGCUAUAUUGGACAUGAUUACACCUGAAUUCACAACAUCACCUGUGAAAUUCAAAGUCUUUGCACAUGCAAGCAUGCUUCAUGGUUUUAUUCAACAGGAUCAGCAUUAAUGUAUUAUCUUCUUAUGAGGAAGUCGUGGUGUGCCUUUAUUUGUUCUUUUGUCAUAAGAGUGUCUGUACAAAUGAGAGAAGUAUGACUGUCUGAGUUUAAACCUUCCUGAAAAUCAUCUCCAUCUUGUUUUGAAAAAUUGCCCCAUACAUAAUUACUGUAGCUAAUUCUGCUUGCACUAAAGUUGAGAAGUGUUCUCCCAUCACACCAGACAGAACAAGAACAUAUUAUAGCAUUGCCAUAUCCAUAUUCCAGCAACAGCUGUUAAUUUUCCACUUUCCUCCUUGACAAACUACCCUAUUACAUUUUGCUCCUGUUGGGUUUGCUUUUCUCUUGAAUCCUGCUGAAGGUUUGACAUCAAUAGAAACAUUUAAUUUAAAAUCUGGUUUUCUUUGUAUAUUAUAUAAUUUUGUGUUUACUCAAACAACAGUGAAUGGUUCUUGUGGUCCUGAUUUUGGUAUUGUUCCAUCAACAACAACUUCUCUAUCUUUUUCAAGAGAAAGAGAGAAGUUUUGAAUGAAUCCAUUUCCAAUCAAACAGUUUCUUGUAUAGAUUGUUGUUCCAUUUAAACUUUUCUUAUAUAUAUAUCUUGAUAACACUUAAGACAUUUAAGAUUUUAAGAUUAUUGAUAAAAGAAGAUCAAAUGCCUAUUUUCAUUGAAAAAGGAGAAGUAUCUUCCAUGCUUUACUUAAGUUGAUAUUUUUGGUCUGAGUGAAUUUUUUUUGUAUUGCAUGGUUGUUCAUUCCUGAUUGAUCGAAAGUAGUAACACUAAAGUUAUUUCAAUGAAGUACUUCACUGUUUGAGUUGUGGUCUGUGUGGUACCAGCACAUUGCUUUUUCUGUAAUGAAUGUUUCAAUGAAGAGACUUCUGGGAGCAUAUUUUGACAAAAAAGAGAAUAAAUGUAUUGUUUCUGUUUUUUAAUCAACAUACUAAUCUUGGUCACUGUGUCUUGGUGGUCAGUUGGAUUGGCAAGAUUGAUGAUCUUUUGAUUGUUCAUAUCUUCAUUAGUUUCUUGAAUUGAUUCCCAGAAUUGCUUGGGUCUAUGAAGAAACUCAUUUCUUUCUUGGUGUUUUCAAAUUAAUAAAUUCCUUCACGAGGCAACUCAGUUCCAGGAGGAACAAUCUGAAGCUCUUCUCUGAUGAAACCACACUUUGGUCCAUCUUUCAGGUAAUAGAGAACAGGCUCAUUCUUAUUCACCAGUGUUCUAUUGAUAUCAUAGACCUCCAGAGACCAGAUUGGAUCUGUGGCUCACCUCUGACCACCUUCCAGCUCAGCAGUAGCACAGAGAUAUGUCGCGUUCUUUGAGGAGUUGAGUCUCUUUUCCAUCAAGCCAACAGGCCUUGAAAAAGUCAUUGAACUCUUCAUUUCAACCACCUUAUCCUUGAUGGCAUCCACAGGUUUAUUUCUUGUCAAUCUUGUCACCUCACAAUUCAAAGCUGAAACAACUUCUGGAAGCCUCUUCACUCAUUAUGUCAAUCUAUUUCCCUCUUUGAAGUUCAUCUCCUGACUGUAUUGGAAAGUGAAGAGACAGUCACUCAAAGUUUAGUUGAAUCACUCAAUGAUUCCCUGAUUUCUGUGGAUGUUCACACCCCCUCUUCUUAUCCUCACAUCAUGCGUUGUGACCUCACCCAUGAAUUCAUGCCCAGGAUCAACCUGAAGAGCUUUUGGGCAUCUUAGUGGUCCACGCCUAUAGAUUGUCUGAAAUGCUUUGGAGACCUCAGAAGAAUCCUUUGAGCUGAGAGGUUCUGCAGCCUUAAUCUGCUUGCAACAUCAACAACUGUCAAUGUGUACUUGUUGACUUUCUGUGACCUUGCAGUCACUUUGUCAUGAGAAAGAAAAAGAUCAGCUUGAUGAACUGCAUUUGGAGAUUCAACAUCAAAAGUUGGUCUCAGGAUAUGCUUCAGGGUAAAUAAAUCUGCCAGAUGGCUUGCAUCAUCAGCCAAAGCUUUGUAUUGUCUUCACAUACUCCAGCUUCUUUAGCCAACUUCUUCACAGCAGCCAAUCCCUUCCAAAUGCCUCUAGGGCUAUAGCAGAUUCUUGAAAUUUUUCUUUCCAUUUUAUGCACCUUGUUAUACAGCUUCAAAGCAAAACAUGUGUCCACUAAAUUCUGUUUUGCCUGCUCCUUGACUCAGUCAUUAGUUGCAAUCCAAUUGAGGAGCUUUGUUUGAUUUUUUUUAUACUUCUCAUAGGCCGCUUGGUACUUCUCCACAACAAGAUCAUGCCUCAUGCACAUAAUCCUUGAAAAUGAUCCUGAUAUCAUUGACAGAUAGUGUGUAAAAGAGAACUAAUGGAAUGAUGUUCUCUCUGACUGCCUUUGCAAUGCUUUUCAUCUGUCGUAUGAGGUCCAAAACACUGAUUCCCUUAUGUCUUGCUCUGAAUGCUUAAUUCACAAGUUCAUUUGUCCUCUGCUUACAUCUCUUGAAGCUGCACUAUCAUUGAGAAUGAUCAGUGUAUCUGUUCCCUCAUGCAUGUAACUGAUAAUCUUAAGCCCAUCAUCAAUCUGGUCUUGGAGUAGAAACAAGAUAACUAAGUCCUUAUGGUUUUAUCCAAAACCAUCAUAUGUAAUGUUGUGGAUGAAUGUUGGACAGAGGAGAGCAAUUUAAUCAAACUUUCCUUGGAAGGUGGUACUCAAAAGAUUGACUAGGUAUCUUGUCUUUCCUGAAUUUGUAGGUCCGGCUAUUAAUGCAUUUAAUGGAAUAUUAUCAGGAUUCAUAUUUUUUACCAUGACCAUGAGCUAAAGUUGAUUUCCUAUCUUCCCUUGUUAUUCUCUUAUCAUCAUCAGUGCUCAAAGCUACCUUGUUGAUGGUCGCAGUGAGAGAGAGAAUCUUAAGUUAACAGACACUUCUACUGAGACUUCAGUUUGAACCUGUACUCAAUGGAGAGCCUUGACCCUGGAUAUUUUAAAAUGUAGCAUAAUUGUUGAUUUGAAGUAGUAUAAUGUGUGUGACAAACUAGCAUAACAUAGCAGAGUCAAGUGUCUUUACCCAAAGCUUCACAGGAAUUGUAACUGUGUUCUGAUCCCUCCAUCUUGUUCCUCUUUUUAAAGACAUAUCCUCAAAGACAAGGACUUCUUGAACAGUAUAACUAUCUGUUUCAUAUUGGAAAAUGUUCUCAGUGAAACAAAAAAUAUCUUACACUACAAGCACAUGGAAAAACAUUGCUUAAAAUUCCCAGCAUGCCAGAUGUAGAUGAAAAAAUAAAAAAUGCAAAGCGUGACAGAUCAAAUUGUAAAUGUGAAGUGGAUCUCAAACCAAUGUUUUCCAUGUUGUGGCUGCGUACUCCAAAUGAUAUAAUUUUUCAUUGUAACAGAUAUUCACUGUCAGUGUCCAACCAAGCCAAAUUUCUGCUCUUCAGAGGCUGAAAUUUAGCAGUCCAAAUUUGUAAUUUUAGGGCUCAGUGAGCCAAAAACAUUUUCCUGUAAUUUAUUAACUUUAUCAAUAACAUUCUUUCAGCUGUGGAUGGAAAGGAGUCUUAGUCAGGCAAUCAAGGGAAGCGCACAGACAUGUUUCGCCUGUGUGUUGUUGGAAGUGGGGGAGUGGGGAAAAGCUCUUUGACAAUACGUUACCUGAAGAAUGAGUUCACAGAGGUAGGAAGUUGAAUGUCAUUUAUCACUUUCUAUCAGUCUUGGAAUGGCUGUGAAUAAGAUGAAUUUUAAAACAUCAAUUAGAUUGUGUGUUAUUCAAAAGUGUGCUAUUGAAAAGUGUGUUAUUCAAAAGUGUGCUAUUGAAAAGUGUGCUAUUGAAAAAUAAGCAUACUUGUUGCUUUUUGUUCAAGAAACUAUCUAUGGCCCCUUCCACUUAACAAGUAGAUUCCAUGUUGCUGUUUUUCAUUAGUUCAGCAAUGGAUCAAAGAAGACUUCAAAAUGUGUUAAGAACAAAAAAUUUAACACAUGGAGCGCAGCUAAGCGUGCCACUGAUGUUCUUAUCACAUUUUGAUGUGCUCUGUGCUCUAUUACUGUACAGACCUGUAGCAAUGUUUUUUCUUGUGCAGAAAAGAAAAUUCAGCUUUAUCAGAGCACACAUGCCUAACUAACCUUACAAUUGGGUGGGAUAAGUCUAAACUUAUCACCACUAAUCGGCAUUACCACCAGUGCCUUUGUGUGGAAGCUUGGCAUAUUAACUCCGCCCACGCUCCUUUGAAUCAUGUUGAUGGCAGCUUACUUCCUGAUGCCUAUUUACACCUUGUCAAAAAGAGGCAGCUAAUUAGUUAUAAUAGAUAAGGACUUCUUGUUGCAACGUGUAGAUCACCCUUGAUGAAGGCACUACAGGAGUGUGGAAAUGUUGGGUUUAUGAAUUGUAACCUCUUCGGUUACAUUCAUUAAAUCUUUAAACCAGAGUAGCAUCAAACCAUGUCUGGAUUCUCUUUGUUUUAUAUAGUAAAAAAGCAAGAUAAUGUUCAUGAUGAUGUCAUGUAUGUAUCUGUCCUCUUUAAGAUCAUAAGGAAGAACAAAAAAGUCUGAUCUGCAACUUUUUCCCCUCACAGCAAAAUAGGAAAAUGCUAAGUUUCCAAGGAUAUAGUAAUUCCUGGACACAAUUGAUCUUGUUUAGAGUCUAUGAAAGCAUACAAAACAAAUGAGGGCUGAGGGCUGAAUUACAAGAGGAAAAUAAUUUGACUUUCAAGUUAACCCCUUACACCCUAACAUCAGUAUCCAUAUUCUCAAUUCUCUGCUCUAUACAUUUCUUCUAGUACUGACAAGGAGAAUUUGUUGUACAACCAAAGCUUCUUUGGGUGGUGAUCAUUUCCUUUAUUCUCAUGAUCUCAAUAAAUGAUACAGCGAUAUUUCUGUAAGGAGAAAUUAGAUGCUGGUCACUCUCAGGGUUUAAAGGGUUAAUUACUUGCUGGUAACUAGCAUUGAAAAUCUGGUUUCUAACAAUCAUUACUCAGUUGUAUUAGCAAUCAGCUGGUUGCACAUUCCCACCCUGCAGAAAGGUGAAUAUGAUAAAGCCAACCAAAGAUAAAUGAGGAAAAAAGAAUGACAAGUUUUUUCAUAAUUACUAAAACAGUAACUUUUGUUAGCACGUAGUAUUACAAGUAAAUCUAACUUUUCACUUGUUUUAUUUUUCACCUUCUAGUACUAUGACCCCACAUUAGGUAAGUUGGAUUAUAAAAAAUUAUUAGAUUAACCCUUUAUAUCCAAACAUCAGUAUGCAUAUUCUCCAUACUGUUCUCUAUACAUUUUCUAAUGUGCUGGUUAGGAGAAUUUGUUUAAUAAUCAAGAGUUUCUUUUGUUGGUGAUCAUUUCCUUUAUUCUCAUGACCUUAAUAUUUGAUUCAGGGGUGAUAUUGAAAGGAGAAGUUAGAUCCUAGUCACUCCCAGGGAUUAAAGGGUUAAUGUUAUUAUCUGAGCAACUGUGUACCUGCCCCUCCCUAAAACCAUCAUUAACCCAAACUUGUUAUCAGUUGUCUGUUGUUGUGUUAGGGGAGGGGUGGGUGCACAGUUUCUUGGAUGCUGUUAUUGAUUCAAAUUAUUUUACAAGGCUAGGAGUGAUACCAAGAAUUACCAUUUGAAGUGUACGUAAUAAAUAUUAUUCUCCCUGUUUUCAUGUGCGGCUGAUGAUCAGAGGAGACAUACAGAAAGGAGGUAUGCAUAGCAGAGUUAUGAACGUAGAGAAAUUGCUGAUAGGUAGAGCAACAUCCAAUCCUGCUAUAGAGGCAAGACUCUUAGGGCUUCUGUGCUAAAAAAAGAUAAGGCUAAGCCUUAGGUUUGUAUAUCACUUUGGCUAAAUUCAAACUUCUUUAAGGAUAAGAGCAAUCAUACUUUGAACAAGAGGCUGCUGUGAUCUUCACUUGGGCUGUGUUUACUUUAGAGGGUAGUAAAUGGCCUAUUCUUGUAUCCAAGGGCCAGGAAGUUUAAGAUUGUCUGACCCUUAUAAUCACAGAAAUGUUGGAAGUGCCUUUUUGGAAGACAUACAAUAACAGUAGCAUGAUUUUAGACUUGGGCUUUUCCUCAGGAAGCCCAAGUUAUUAUUUUAGCUCACUGUCCAUUUUUCCUCUUUCCAAACCUAGAUUGAAUAUAAUGGAAAGCUCUAUGACGUGGAGAUAGUAGACACUGCGGGUCAAGAAGAGUUUAGUUCUUUCCGUGAUUCAUCAGUUGCAACUGGGGAUGCAUUCUUGGUACUAUUUGCCAUAAAUUCCACAUCAAGUUGGCAUGAACUGAAGGAUCUACGAAGCAAGAUUAUUCAGGAUAGGCAAUUGAGUUCCACUAUACCCAUGGUCUUAGUGGCUAAUAAGUUGGUGAGUUAGUCUUCUCCCAUGCAUCCUAACAUCAGUAUACAUAUUCGCUAUAUUGUUCUUUACACAUUUCUUUAGGAGCUGACAAGGAGAAUUUGCUUAACAAUCAAGAGUUUCUUUAGUUAAUAAUCAUUUCCUUUAUUCUCAUGACCUUAAUGUGUGAUUCAGGGGUGACGUUGUAAGGAGAGAUUAGAUGCUAGUCACUCUUGAGGUCAAAGGGUUAAGCACAACUAAUAAAAGAAAUCUUUAAACCAGUAGAGCAAACCUUGUACGUGUUGAAUUUUCAAGUAUUCAAAGCUGAUUUUAGGCAGUAAUAAGGGGUACUGCAAGUGGUAAAUUUACUGGUUACCACCUGAAAAGGAGAACACUGGAGUUGGGUAUACACUAUUUGCCUCAUACACAUGCAUUAACAGAAUACUGAGUCUGCAUUGUAAGUUAUGGGCUUAGUUUUAUCCCCUUUGAUUGCGAUGGCGCAAACACAAACAAUGCUUGCUUUAAACCAGUGGGGAAAACUUACCCCACAAACCAAGGAGUCAAUUGCUCUUUUUUACCACCAUUUACUAAAUCCAUGUAAUUAUAUAACAUGGAGGUCUUCUGUAGGCAUUAGAAUGUUUCCUGUUUAAUUCAUUUAGCACUAUUGGUUCUAUUUAAUGUCUUUCAAGAUUGAUGAUUUGCAGCAAAUUGAUUUCCUUAUUUGCUGUCACAGGAUCUAGAUGGUGAACGCGAAGUGACAAAGGAUGAAGUGUUGGAAUACUGCAAUUCAGCUGAAGUCAACAUUCCAUUAAUUGAAACGUCAGCUAAGGUUUGUCCAUAAUUAACCUUUAAACUCCCAAGAUCUGAUUGUCAAUUCUCCCCUCUAGCUGCUGCACAUUUCCUUGCAAAUUACUUACCAUAAUUUGUUGUUAGAUCAACGUAAUUCUACUUGAAGAGUUUGAAUAUUCUCAUUACCUUUUUGUUGGAUAAUAAAGAGGUAUUGUAGGGAGAAGUUACAUGUUAUCACUUCUGGGAGUGAAAGGGUCAAUCUUGGGGAGUUCACUCAUUGUACACCCAACCCCUCACUCACUCCCAAGAUCUCAGCAUGUCUUCCAUACAUUUCUUGAAGUGUUAAUUCAGAGAAUUUGGUGUUGAAUCAAAUAGAUAUUUGUGUCACUUCUCAUCAGCCUUCAUUCAGACAGUAUAGAAAUACAUGACAUUCAGAUCUUGGGAAUUAAAGGGUUCAGAAUAAACAAACUUUACCAUUUUAUCUGGGACUCAGAACCAAUCUUAUGCUAUGAAAGGGGGUGUGGCUCAUUAGAAAAGGGGUCUGGGAUUAUCUUUGAGGCAUGACUAGUCUAAAAUAUUUAGAGGGGGCUGAUUAUGAAAUUAAUGCAUAGGUUAGUUAUUCUGAAUUAUCUUUGAUGGGAAUCUAAUGGAGGGGGGGUCAAUUAUUUGAAAUUUGAUGCCCUGGAAGAGGCUUACCAGAGUUUUUUGGGGUGAUUAAUCCUUAACUCUGUAACAUCAGUAUGCAAGUUCUCCUUACUAUUCUCUGUACAUUCCCUAUGGUAUUACAAGAAGACUUUGUUUAACAAUCAAGUACCUCAUGGGUUUGUCAUCAUUUCCUUCAUUCUCCUGACCUUAUUGUUUGAUUCAGGGGUGAUACUGUUGGGAGAGAGUAGAUUCUUAUCACUUUGAGGGGUGAAAGGGUCUAUAAGGAAAAUUUGUGGCAGCUAAGAGAAAAGUUGUUCACCAGAUUCUCAGAGUUUAAAGUUAAAAUAUAAAUUAAAUCAUUGUUUUUUUUUUUGUAUUGUUUUUUUUAGACUGGCUUAAAUGUUGAGGAAUCAUUUCAACUUAUGAUGCAGCAGAUUCAAAGAAUUCAACCAGCACUUUUAGAAAGAACAGUACCCAAAAAUCAUGCAAACAAACCACAGAAAAAAGAUAAUUGUGUUCUACUCUAG